UCUGUCUUUUCAGAGAGUAGUUAUAGCACUUACUAAGUAUAACAAUAAAAGUGUAGCAGCAGUAGUUCUGAUCCAUGCUGUGGAUGUUUGACUGAGUGUAAAACUAAACAUAUGAUUAAGUGAAUUACCAACCCUUUGAGGCGGCAGGCACUAGGACCUUCAGUACUUCUUAGUCAGACCUAGCCUGCUGCCUGUGAGAGGCAUCUCUCUUACUUUCAGAACAAUUUUCAAACAAGUGCAGGACCCAGAAAGGACUGUUUGGGGUAAAAUUGCAAAGAAAUUUUCCUCUUGCCCUCCCUGGCAUCUUUUUGGAAUUUGACACAAACUGGAAUAUAAAUUCAGUAAUCCUCAGGAAUCUAACACCGGUGGAGAGGAGGGGCAAGAGCUUUUGCAGAGCGCCGAGCGGCGGAGCCAGAGGAGGGCAGAGGGCUGCUGGAUGGGGGCCACACCGCCGAGUCUGAUGGCUGGAGCCCAGAACACACUGAGCUCUAAUCACGUCCUCUAGGGGCCGCUGAGGUGCUACAGUUUACGUGGAGAGACACUGAGAAGGUCGUGUGCCCAUGAGGUCGUCCAUGCUGGUCCUGUUCCUCUUCUUCAGUGCCCAGGCUGUGGCCUCCAUCAGAGGGGACUCGUGUACCGCCACGACGGCACCGCGACAGGACCCGGGCGACACCAGCGCCAACUCCAUCCCCACAGUGGACCCCAAACUCUUCACCAAGCGCCACCGCCUCUCGCCCAGGGUGCUCUUCAGCGCCCAGCCCCCGGACGCAGAGACGGCAGCGUCGCAGGGCGCCGGCAGAAGGGCCCGCAGGCGAGCGGGGCAGCCUCAGCACCGCGGCGUGUACUCGGUGUGCGAGAGCAUCAGCGUCUGGGUCGGCAACAAGACCAAGGCCACGGACAUCUCGGGCAACGAGGUGACGGUGCUGCCGGACGUGAACAUCAACAAUGUCAACAAGAAGCAGUACUUCUUCGAGACCACGUGUCACAGCGCUCGCACGGGCAACUCGGGCUGCCUGGGCAUCGACGCGAGACACUGGAACUCCUACUGCACCAACUCACACACUUUUGUCCGAGCGCUGACCUCGUUCAAAAACAUGGUGGCGUGGAGGCUCAUACGCAUCAACGUGGCCUGCGUGUGCGUGCUCAGCCGCAAGUCGUGGCGGCAGUGACGACGUUACCUGCACAUCACACACACACACACACACACACAUAGGCACACACUCAGUCAAGUGCAGUACACACACAGACGUACACGCCAGGAAGUUGUGACUUUCUCUGCAUAACUUAUCACCAAAGACUUUUCACUUUCAAUCACUAAAUUAUUGGUAUUUGUCAAAGUAUCAGGACUGCAUGUACAUACACCAGGCCUGAGUCAAAUAGCAUCUGCAGUUGGUUUGCUGACUAAUUUAGCUGUGGCUGAGUUUUGCAAAGCGUAGCAACACGCUGACUUAGACGCGAAUACUGCAAAAAAAAUAAGAAUUACAGGCGAUUUCUUUGGGAGAUUAAUUCAAGCCUCAGACAAAAAGGCCUCCAGUGGCACUUUUCAGGACAGGACAACCACGGGGGAAAGGUUAAGUGGUAGCACCGGGGGACGCAGCGCGGCGUUCAAGAGACCAGACAGCACUCCUAAACUGGAAACCACAGCUAUGCUUGUCACAGAGCAGGAGCCCCUUAAAGUUUUGGCACAACAUCACGGGAUAAUUAUAGUAUUCCUUCUUUUUUUUUCUUUUUUACCACCAAUUAUAUUUUCCUUUAGCACAACCCUCUCACUCUUGCGUAGCUUUCUGCAACCCAAAACUUUUGGAAAUACAAUUUGACUCAGGCCUGAUAUAAAGCAAAGCUCUUUGUUCAAAUGUUGUUGUUGACAUUGUUAUUUAUUAAACACUCACAUACAUGCACUGUGUGCGUCAUGAAGUUUAUUGUAUGAAAACUAAGCCUUGCUGUUUCCCCUAGUCUUGACAUGAGAAGAAAAAAAAAAUGAGGAGAAAACCCAUAUGGCUUCAGUUUGCUGCCAGUAAUUUGGUGUUUUGGCUUUGCUUUGUGUUUUCCUCCCGCUCUUCAUUCUAAAGCAGAUAUGAGACAAAAGGGGAAAAAGGCAUAAACACUAGAAGGAUCGCCCAUGAUUCAUCAGUCUAACUCUGAUAAUAUCGCGGCGUGUCCGUCUUUUUGAAUUGGCAGUGACAUUUCAGUGUCGUGAGUGCUCUACAGACUGUACUCAGGGCAGACGCUCGGUAUAAGUUGUAAUUAUUUAGGCUCCUGGCCCAAGUUUUGCAUCACAGCUGACGUCUGAAUGGUCUGAUGUGAGCUCUGUGUCUCUGGAGGUAAACCUGAACCAGGGACAAAGGGCAGCUGCUCAGAUUGUGUUUCCAGGAAACUAGAGUUUUAAGAGUAAUAUUCCCAAAGAGCCCGUCUCCCUGUCAACUGUAAAUAUGAUAGAAAUACUCUAUGAAUAUGAAUAAACCGUUUACUGCUGGCUGUGUCUACAUGGAACUAUGGCGCCACUGUGCUGCCCCAAAACAAAAUGCAACACUGACCUCUAGAGGUUGAAGGAUAAUAUUAUGUUUUCAAA